AGAAGAAACUGGCGCAACCACGAUAUGAGAUGUACAGCACUCUCAAGACCGGGCGUUCCAAUCCAUAGUUAGUGACAAAGAAAAAGUACAGAUCCACUCUGCGGGUGAAGUCAAAGAAAAAUGCAGAACAGGCUGCUGCUAUAGUAUGUCUACGUGUUCUGGGACUGCCAGAGGGGCGGGCGGGUGAAGAGUACUCUGGGUUGGUGGGCAAGAGAAAGAGGGAGGAGAAGAGGAAUGAGAAGCCAGAUGACGAGGACACCACUGUAGAGUAAUGGAGCCAGGAAAAGACCCCUGUCUAAAAAUCCAAAGGAGCAACAGCUGCGGAAGACAACAGGGCACCAGCUAUUCCAACUGGUGUACAGCACCAGACAAGCACAGAGUGAUGCUGCACUGUGUAAAAUGACUAAUGCUUUACGACCGCAAUAAGACGGUAUGCUCCUUUUUAUAUUAAAUGGUGGCGGAUUUGCAGCAGGGGUCAGCUCUUGCCAGGGGGAGUGAUUGAUACAGUAGCGGCCAUAUUGUUGUGAGUUUGAGACAUUGCCUACAAGAGCAGCGUACUCUGAGUAACUGAGACACUGAGUAACUGGAACUGUCAGCUCUCACCCCAAUAGUCAAACAUCAAUUAGCAUGAGGCGUUCCAUGCUAUUUAUUUUCUCUCCUGGAUUAUUUUGUUUAUAGACAACAAGCAUGUUUGGUGUUUGUGUGAAGAAGGCAUGCUCUACAGGGGAUUAAGAAAUGGCCCUAUUCUUAUUUUUUAAAAUUUGAUAACCAAAACCGAUAAUUAGAUUUUUUAUUUUUUUUUAACUGGUCAAAUACGUAACAAGACAGUAUGGCAGUCUACUUGAAAUCACACAUUCUCCUUAUGCUUGCAAUACUGAAUGUAUUCUGCUGUAAUGUCACGAUAGAAAAACCACUUAGCAACUUUCAGCACCACAUCAUAUUGACCAGAAGCAAGGUAAUUAUUGGUUUUGUUUUAUUGUUAUUGACAGGAGUGUGUAAUAAAAGGUGCCAGAGGAGGGCAGUACAGGAGCUGUAUAAAGCUAGUUAGAAUUAUCAGACAGUAUUUAUUUUGUAAGGCCUUUCACAAUUGGUGAAAACUUACUUUUUUUGUUGCAGUUUUCAUCCUUAUAAAGUGGUUGUUGCUCUAUCACUGUUAAACUAUAAAGGUUGAUGAUUUGAUUGUGGUAUGAGUGGUGUGUGUGUCUGCUGUUGGAUCACGGAUGGUUUAUUUGUUUUUAAAACUGUUUGCUUCUAACGAGAUAAGUAUUCGUAUCGUUGAUUGAUUGCAGUCUCCAGAAAUACAUUAAUUGUCUUGUCAGGUGAUUUGAUACUCUAAAAUGGUCUAGUAGCUUGUAGGCCUACAGUACUCUCUCACCAGCUACUUACAGUACGCGGGGUGAUGCCGGGUGUAGUAUUUUGCUGACGUCAUGAACCAAGCUGUCUGUAAUGCUUUGUUUGUAAUGUGGAAGUUUGGAGUAGACUACCAGCCUACUUCAUCAAGAGUAACUACGGUCGAACCAUUGUCUGCGUCUUUUCUAGUCCGAGAACUGAACUGGUGAAGUAUCAAGAGAAUAUAAUAGAUUCAUAAUAAAUGUCGCCUGGAGGGGACACGCAUUUAGGAAUCGCUUUAGUUAUUUACAACUUCGGAUAGGCUUCUUGUUGCAGUUUAUAGUGUAAACAUAGUGUAAACUAAACAAAUUUUCCUCCUGUUGUAUCGUUAACAUUUUGAGUCUAGUUUUGAAACAACCCAGGAAUAAAGAACUGUAAAGAACCGACUCGUAAGACCGAAUGACUACUGUAAAUUGUAGCGGCAAUGAGGAACUGGACUUCAGACUUAUUUUCGGAGAGGACGCGCAACAGCUAGGCCCCGCAGGUCCAGACCCUGGUGACAGCACGCCAUACUAUACCACCCAGUCUAUGGUCAAUCAGCCUAUUGGCCAGGCCCAAGACUUACAACAGAGCCAGCAGCACCACCAGGCUGCUUCUCAACAAGCUCCUCUCCAAACCUAUGGUAACUACCACCCCAGCUCCAGCUAUGAAGUUCACAGUUCCAGAUACUGUCCCAUGGGACACCUCCCCAAGGCGUUCGACUGCCCAAGCAUCCAGAUCACAUCUAUCAGUCACAGUCACCAAGAGCUGGGCUCCAGCCAGGAUGCCGUGCCCAUCAGCGGGGCAGACGGCGGGGGUGAGUGCGGUCGUGAACGGUCCUGGUCCAGGGAUCACCUCUACCUACCCCUGGACCCCUGUUACAGGGACUCAUCGUCCCUGAACCCCAGCCCUUGCAGCAGCCUGUCCUCCAGGAGCUGGCUGUCCGACGUGUCCUCCUGCGAGUCCUUCUCGCACGUUUACGACGACGUGGAGGCUGAACUGAACGAGGCGGCCGCCCGAUUCACCAUGGGUUCCCCGCUGGCCUCUCCCCUGACCUCCCCUGGCUGCUCCCCACAAGGCCAGGCCGUGGGGGGAUUCGGGGUAGAGCUGUGGCAGCAGCAGUACUUCAUGAACACCCACUCCCUCUCGCCCCACCAGUCCCCUCGCCAGUCGCCCCGUCAGUCCCCCUGUCACUCUCCGCGCAACAGCGUCACAGACGAGAACUGGCUUAACCCGCGCCCCACCUCCAGGUCCGGCUCAAGGCCCACAUCACCUUGUGGGAAGAGACGACACUCCAGCGCAGACGUCUACGGACAGGGACCUUCCCCCUCCCCAUCCCCUCAUCAGUCCCCCUGCCCCACCCCCAGCCACUCUCCCAGGGGCAGCGUAACAGAGGACACCUGGGCGGUUGGAAGCCCUGGUGCCAUGGGGGCCCUUCUGUACAACCUCCCUGAGGUAGACGUUCCCUCCAAAACCAGGAGGACCUCUCAGCAGGCUCACAUGGGUUUACUGCAUGGACAGGGAGACUCGGGGCUGGUGCCCGAAGAACAAGGAGUCGUGUUGCCUCACCUGGACUCACCUGCAGAUGAGUCUGGGUCUACUCUAAAACAGGAUGGCCUUUUUGAAGAACUCUUUCUCUCGGUUCCCUCACACUUCACCUGGAACAAACCCAAACCUGGCAACACACCCCUUUUCAGGACCUCCUCCCUACCCCCACUGGACUGGCCCCUGCCCAGCCAGUUUGGCCAGUGCGAGUUGAAGGUGGAUGUGCAGCCACGGGGCCACCACAGGGCCCACUACGAGACAGAGGGGAGUCGGGGGGCUGUCAAGGCUGCCUCAGGAGGACACCCUGUAGUCAAGCUCAUUGGAUACAACGAGAAGCCAGUCAACCUGCAGAUUUUCAUUGGAACGGCAGACGAUCGGUACUUGAGACCACAUGUCUUCUACCAGGUGCACAGAGUAACGGGAAAGACGGUGGCUACUGCUUGCCAGGAAAGCGUAAUAAGCAGUACAAAGGUUCUGGAAAUCUCUCUCCUCCCCGAAAACAAUAUGUCCACCAGUAUUGACUGUGCAGGCAUCCUGAAGCUGAGGAACUCUGACAUUGAGCUCAGGAAGGGGGAGACUGACAUCGGGAGGAAGAACACGCGUGUGCGAGUGGCAUUCCGUGUGUAUAUCCCUCAGCCCAGCGGCAAGGUCCUGUGUCUGCAAGCUGCCUCUAUUCCUGUGGAGUGCUCCCAGCGCUCGGCCACAGACCUUCCCCAGAUGCAGAGUUGCAGUCCCCUCAGCUGCUUGGUCAGUGGGGGUGGGGAGAUGAUAAUUACUGGCUCCAACAUAUCCCCCGAGUCAAAGGUCAUCUUCCUGGAGAAAGGCCCUGAUGGACGCACACAGUGGGAAGUUGACGGAAAAGUUAUUCGAGACAAGAGUAAAAGAUCCAGAAUCGUGGUUGAGAUUCCUACCUACCACAACACCACUGUGAGCUCUGCAGUCCAGGUGCAGUUCUACGUGUGCAACGGGAAGAGGAGAAGAAGCCAAAGGCAAAGCUUCACAUACUUGGCUGGUGCUUCUCCACACCAUUAUCCCACUGCCAGUGACCAUGCAGUUGUGGCUCCUCGGGUGAAGCAGGAGCUCACUGACUCAACCUAUCUGUCUACUUGCAACAAUCUCCCUGGCCUAUAUCCAACAAGCAGCAAGCAGAAUUCUUCUGACGGGGCCUUCACUCAGGACAGGCCCUUGUAUGGUUCCUCUGAUGGUCACCCUGUGCCUUGUGGUCCGCCCUCCCAGCCAGCAUACACUCCCUCAGGCUCCUCGCCUCUUCAGCACUCCCCUCACCUCCACAGCUACAGUCCCAGUAUGGGAUACCAGCGGAUAAGCCCUAUGCAUACACCUGAUUCAAUGCCACCCCCUCGGACAAAGCCUGUCUACCAGGCCACACAACAUAAUGUGCCUUAUAGUGGCCAGGCCAGCUCUCCCAUGAGACCUGGUCCUGCCGCAUUCCAGGUCAUUCGACCUCAGUCUGCCCAGCCCAGGCCAGCUGUCUCCAGCCCUCAUAGGGAAAGUGUGAUGUACCAGAGCCUCAUUGGACCUGAUCUCUCUGUUGCCACUCUCCAGUCUGCCAGAACCCACACCCAGAAUGCAACCCAGCUGCAGUCUCUAAAAUACCACUUUUCCCACUCAGACUCUGACCUAGCGGCUCUACAGGCUGAGUAUAAUCUGAGCUACCAUUCUGACAAAAACUUGCCUGCUUCGUAUUCUCCCACUCCUGGAGUAGCAGCAACCUGCUCCACCUCCCCGUUAGCAUCAGCCUCCUCUGGGGGUCCCCUGAGGCACCUGUCCCCCAGCAGCGCUCAGGGGCUGGCCUCUGGUAUCGACCCCCAGGAGUGUCCCCCGGCACCCCAUUCCCUCUUCUCAAACGACAGAGGGAGGGUGAACAUCAAGCAGGAACCAGAGGAGAAGCUGCCUCUUGGCUCCAUGGGACUCCAGGAGAUCACACUAGAUGAUGUGAAUGAGAUCAUCGAUAGAGACAUAUCUCAGCUCGGUGGCGGAGCAGCAGAGUCCAAUCAACCAGAACAGGAUACUUAUGGAUGGGAUACUGUGAUACUCCAGUGAUAAUGUUCUUCCAUUCUGUGGCCUUCAUUCGGUUUCUAUUAAUCAUCAUCAUUACUCAGGACAGGAGUUGAAUUGUGUUAUCUAUGCAUUUGGCGGUUCUAUUACUAACUGACCAUAAUAUUGACGGCAAAACCCAUUGUGGUUUAACUGGUGCAAUUAACCCAGUUGCUGGUAAUACAUACACCUGUGGAGGUGGUUAGGCUGUAGAGAAUGUAACCACUGGGCACAGAUGUCAAUUCCACGUCUAUUCCACGUUGGUUCAAUGUCAUUCCAUUGAAAUGACGUGGAAACAACAUUGACUCAACCAGUGUGCCCGGUGGGUAUGCCUGUUUGUUUGCUUAUCUAACAGUUCAGGAUUUUCAAGUCAAACUAAAAUAUAUUUUAAGAUGGAAAUACUUCUCAUACCAAAGAUGUUUUAUUUGUUGCCCUUAAGGCACAGCUGAAAUAUGACAACUAAUUGUCUGUAAAUGCAUGAAAAUUAUGUAUUUGGUGUUGAAAGAACAUUGACGUCAAUGAAGAGGCUGAAAAAGGCCAAAUACCAAAUGCUGUGUUAAUUUAAUAUUUAUUGGUGAAAUACAUUCGAUUUAAAUUUAUUUUUGAUACUGUAGCUCUUGCAGUUGUAUGAUUCUUUAGAAUAAUGAUACAUUUUCAUAACCUUCUAAUGCCUGGUAUUGUAUGCCUAUUUUCUAUUUUAGUUUCCAAAGAAUGUACAGUAUAUUAUCCAGAUUUAUAUGAUACUUUGGCAGUAUGCUUAGGUGUGAAGUAGCUAUAUCAAAGUCAAAGUUAUAAUGAACAAAAAUAUAAACACAACAUGCAACAAUUUAAUUGAUUUGACCGAGUUACAGUUCAUAUGAGUAUAUCAGUCAAUAGAAAUACAAUACAAUUGUUUGUUGUCCGUAGCUUAUACCUGCCCAUACCAUAACCCCACCACCAUGGGGCACUUUGUUCAUAAUGUUGACAUCAGCAAACCGCUUGCCCGCAUGACUCCAUACACAUACGUGGUCUGCGGUUGUGAGGCCGGUUGGACAUACUGCCAAAUUGUCUGAAAGGACAUUGGUGGCUUAUCUUGGCAAAGGUGAGAUGUUCACUAACAGAAAUAGGAUUUUUGUGUAUGGAACAUUUCUGGGAUCUUUUAUUUCAGCUCAUGAAACAUGGGGGACCAACACUUUACAUGUUGUGUUUAUAUUUUUGUUCAGUGCAUUUCAUCAGGUUUUUGUUCAAUAAAAAAAAAAAAAAAUU